AUGAAUUUCGAGACCGACGCCUUAUCUGAUACUAUGAUGGAAUCUGAGCGUGCUCAGCGUAGACUUCGCCGUAAUGAGGUUACUGAGCGUAUGAUCGCUCAGAGUCAUGAUUUUGUUUCGAUUGGUGAUGAAACUGAUGUUGCUGGUGUUGGUGAUGACCAGCUAGGUGUAGCUACUGUGGUGAAUUCUGGUUUGACUGAAGCUGGUGAACGUGUUAGUGCUUCUAACCAGGAUUAUGUUUCUCAUGCUCAUAAUCUUCCUGAUCCUCCCCACACCACUGACGAUCCUUCAAGGGGUGACUCAUCUGGCCGAGGUAGACCGGUUGGGACGCUUGCGACCACUGUACAAGGCCUAUCUCCGAUCACUAUCAAGAAUGGGUCAUAUGGGUCCUCUGCUGAUGCGUUGGCUCGCAAGGAAGCAAGAGCAGAGCUAGCUGUUGCUCGUUUCCCGGUGUUUGUGGGAAACCAUCGAUAUAAGGAUGACCAGUCUCCUUGCACUCUGCCUCCGGUAUUCGGUGAUGUUGGUUAUGGGCAAUCUACUGUAUUUGUUGGUCUUACACCAGAUCGUCAUGUUUGCUCUGAUGGCAGUACUAGAAUGGCACUGCGUUAUACUUAUGAUAUUCCAUGGUUAUCUAAUAAGAGAUUGCCACGUCCCUUGAAAGAAGACUGGGCUCGUCUUUUCAAGAAGGAUGCUAUGUUGGUACAGAAGCUCAAGAAGGAAGGACAUUUUGAUGCUUAUGAUAAUGUCUUCCGUAAAUAUGAAGACCAAGGAGCUAUGGUGGAGAUUCCUAUCAAAUCUGAUGAUUUUGCUCAGAUUGAUGCUGUUAUACCACAUUUUCCGGUUUAUGCUCCGAGUGCGGUGUCUACGAAGGUUCGUCCCGUCAUCAAUGGUAUUUAUUAUAGGGGUAUCAUCGGCAAUGGUCGAGGAGAUGAAGAUCCGAAGGCUAAUACUCUCCGUAGUACUAUACCCUCUCUCACCGUGUUCCGUUGUUAUGAGCACGUGUAUUUGAGUGAUUUGAAGAUGGCCUUUUAUCAGCUCGCUAAUGCUCCAGCUGCUAAGUAUGUUUUUUGCAUUGUUUGGAACUCUCGUGUGUUUCGUCUGAGAGGUCCCGGUAUGGGGGCCCCUCAUGCACCAUCUUGUUUGCAAGAUGCGGUGUGUCGUCUAGGCAAACUUUCGGUUGCUAAAUUGCCUAUUCCCAUUUCUAAGAAGCUCGAGUCGGAGAAGUUUGGUCGAAAAUGUAUCUGUUGGAAACCGUAUAUGGAUGAUGUUGUUCUUGGUGCUACUUCACGUUCACUACUUGAUGUAGCUCAUACGGCUUUCACUUCUGCGUGUGAUCGACGAGGUUUUCCCUUCCAGCCUGCUAAGGAAAGAGAUCGGCCUCCAGCUGAGGGAUGUCCUGGGUCCACAACGAGCUUCUCAACAACUUCCUAG